AGCUCUCUAAGCUUGCGGAAGCCGCCCAGCGGUCCGGGCGCCGGGAUGGUGCGUCUGUACAACCUGCACCCGUUUGGGUCGCAGCAGGUAGUCCCCUGCCAGUGGGAGCCGGAGCAGGUCUGCUGCGGCGGGAGCGACGCGCUGUUCGUGGCUGCCGGCUGCAAGGUGGAGGCGUUCGCUGUUCAGGGCGAAGAGCUGUGCCGGCAGCGCUGCGCCUUCUCCACGCUAGGCAGGGUGCUGCGCAUGGCCUACAGCGAAGCCGGUGUUUCUUUGCCCAAUCAAGUUGAGAUGAUGAACCAUUACAAGAGCAUUAAGGAAGGAAGGAAGGAAGGAAGGAAGGAAGGAAGGAAGGAGAAAGGAAGGAAAUAAGGAAGGAAGGAAAAAUGUAGAUGGAGACUAUCUGGUAGCAAUUGAGGAGAAAAACAAAACUAUAUUCCUGCGUGCUUACGUGAAUUGGAGGAGUAAGAGGAGCGACAACUCCCGUGUGUGCAUUCGAAUGGUUGGCCACAAUGUGGAGGCAUCCUUCUGUGAAAGCUUUAGAGACCAGAUGUCUAUAAUUGAGAUGCCAAUGUCUGAGGCCCCUUUGUGCUUUUCGUGUUGUCCUGUGAAAGGAGAUCUUCUUGUUGGAUGUACAAAUAAGUUAGUGUUAUUUACUUUGAAGUAUGAUAUCAUUAAUGAGGAAUUCUCAAUAUUGAACUUUGAACGUUCAUUAAUUAUACACAUAGAUAAUAUCACUCCUGUUGAAAUCUCUUUUUGUGUUGGAUAUGUUGCUGUCAUGUCUGAUUUAGAAGUCUUACUCCUAAAACUGGAGUCAGACCCUAUACAUGGAGAGAGUGUUGACCACCACCCACAAGAAACCAGCAAUCCAUUGAAAGAGGCGGAAGGUGUCAGUAAUGAAACUUCACAACUUGAGUCAGAAGAUUUUGUUAUCUGUCUAAAACCCAUGGAACUCAUUGGUGAAAAAUGUGAACAGUCUGGGAUAUCUGUUAAACUGGAGUCCACAGGAUUAGAAGAUGAAAAAGUAAAAUAUUUACGUGUUCGGCAUCUAUUGUAUAGACGUUUUGCUCCAGAUAUUUCGUCCUAUGUCUUGUCUGAUAACAUCAAGUUACAUUCCCUUCAGCUGCUACCCAUUCACCAAAGUGGUUUUCAUCCUGAUGAAAAUGAUUUAUCGCCGAAAAAAGAGAUGCCAAAUCUCUUCUGUUUCUUCUCGUUACCUCAUGUGGGCUAUCUGUACAUGGUUGUGAAGUCUGUUGAAUUAAUGUCAGUCUAUUGGUAUCCUGAGAAGUCUCAACAAGCCGUGCUCACACCACAGUUCUUGCAUGUCAUCACAAGCCAAAGCCUGCAGUGUUUCACGGUGCGAUGCAGUGCAGCGGUGGCACAUGAGGAAGACCUAUACAUGGAUACUACGCUAAAGGCUUGCCCACCUGUCAGUAUGGACGUUUGUGCUCUAAGGAUACAGCUUUUCAUAGGCUUGAAAGCCAUCUGUCACUUUAAAAACCACAUUAUACUUCUGACGAAGGCAGAGCCUGAGGCCAUUCCAGAGAGAAGAGAGUCACCCAAGAAACUUAUUUCUAGAAAAGAUGCCAGUGUUAGGAGCGGAACCCCUCACGUGGCUGAAGCGGCAUGGAAUCUGUAUCUCGUGAACACCACGGCACCAGUGCAGCUGUACAAAGAAAUGGUAGACUAUAGUAACAGCUACAAGACCGUGAAAACCGAGAGCUGUCUCCACCUGCUCAGUGAGGCUCAUCUGCUAGUGAGAGCUGCCCUGAUGGAUGGCAGUCAGCUGGAGCCUGCAGAGAAAGCAGAACUCCUGGAAGCUUUUAAAGAAAGCUGUGGACACCUUGGAGACUGUUACAGCAGGCUUACCACUGAGCAAUCCCAUCUCGCCUUGCCGUACUAUAAGAUGUCUGGUUUGUCUCUGGCUGAAGUCUUGGCCCGUGUGGACUGGACAGAAGAGAGUGAAUCACAGAAAUAUGAGAGAGGACUAGUAUUUUAUAUUAAUCAUUCUCUUUAUGAAAACCUGGAUGAAGAAUUAAGUAAAGAAUUAGCAGCAAAAGUGGCUCAGAUAUUCCACAUGGCUGAGCCGAAGCAGCUGCCUCAUGUUCUCUCUAGCCCUUCUAUGAAGAAUAUUGAUCCCUUAACUGCCUUGCAUUAUUUAAGGAAGCUGGAUAGUUGUGGAGUUUCACCCGUCUUAGUGACCUUGACCAAGGCUGCAGUGGCCUUGAAAAUGGGAGAUCUUGACAUGUACAGAAAUGAGAUGAAAAGCCAUUCGGAGAUGAAGCUGGUGUAUGGCUUCAUUCUGGAACCCCGGCUGUUAAUUCAACAGUGGAAAGGACAGAUUGUUCCUACAGAACUUGCGAUUGACUUGAAGGAAACUCAGCCUGGAUUGCUUGUGGCUUCAGUCCUGGGCUUACAGAAGAAUGAUAAAAUUGGAAUUGUAGAAACAGAUUCUUUCUUUAAGGUGCUGUGUGGAAAGGAUGAAGACGCAGUUCCGCAGCUUUUGAUAGACUUCUGGGAAGCUCAGCUCGUAGCUUGUCUCCCAAAUGUGGUACUUGAGGAACUCUUUUUCAAGCUCAUCUCUCAGUACGUUUGGAGGUUAUCUGAGAGGCGGUGUCCUGACACCGUACCACUGAGAACAGCGGAGGAUUUGAUAAAUGCCUGCAGUCAUUAUGGCCUAGUAAAUCCAUGGGUUCAUGUGUUAACGACAUCUGAUUCCUUAGCUGAUAAAAAUUACACAGACGACCUUCUGAAAUUACAGUCUCUCAUCUGUAGCCCUUCAUUGGACGUAGCCUCCAUUAUUCCGUUUUUGGAGCCACUCUCAGAAGACACUGUUGCCGGCCUCAGUACUCAUGCUCUCUGCCAUACACGCUUACAAGAGUAUGAACAGUGCAUAGACACGUUGCUAGAGAGAUGCCCAGAGGCCGUCAUUGCGUAUGCUAAUCAGGAACUGAAGGAAGAUCACUGGAUUCUGUGGUGGAAAAAGCUGCUGCCUGAGCUCUGCCAGAGAGUCAAGAGUGGUGGCGAGAGGUCCCACCUUCACCUGUCAUUGUUAAAAGAAACCUUGUCGGUUAUUGCUGUGGGACUGGACCUGAGGGAUUUCUUGAAUGUUCUCCCAGAAGAUGGGGCAGCAGCAUUUUUCCUGCCCUACCUCCUUUUCUGCAGCCGGAAGAAAUCACUAACUUGAUGGUAUCCUUGGCAGCGUAGUGGCAUAAGUGACUGCACUUUGAAUGCUCUGCCUUAGAUAAAAUAAACUCAAAGGUUUGUGUUAAUAUGCAUUGUAGCUGCUUUAAGGGUGCUUACCUUACCCUGUAAUUGUAGCUGUUAGCUUAAUCAAUAACCUGAUCCCAUUUACUUGUCUAGAAUGUAAAAAUCUUCAAAAUAUAAAGUCACUUCACAUGUAUUUCCUUUUGGUUUUUAUUUUUUUCACUCUAUUCUGUGUGAGUCCAUGAACCUUGUGCUGACCUCAAUCUGUGCGAGCCUUAUAGGUGCAAAAGGCCACAAAUGUAAUUUCCAAACCAGACUCAGGCUUCUGUUGUGAGAAAUAGCUUGGCCUCAGUGCUGAAGGCAUGACAAUCAUGUCCACCUAGGGUCAUUGGAAGGAAAUGCAUCGCAAAUUGCUCAAAUGCCCUUCUUACUCGUCAAACAAUACCUUAAUUGUUACAGAUUUAUCUUCUGGGUUACUAGUUUGUAUUUUUUUGUAAGUAUAAGAAAGAUGUAAUGUGCCACCCCAGUGAAAGACUGCAUACUCGGCUUUGGAAACUCGUGGUAUCUUUCUCUCAGAAUCAGAUAAACGGACUCUUGUCUGGCUGUUAACAUGACUUGUUUACACAUAUUUUCAGCCAAAGUCUUGUUUCUAUUCUUUAUAUGUAUAUACCCCAACCCAUAGUAUAUGAGAAAAUAAAAAAUUUUUAUGAUGUUCAAAUCUGUCUAAUAAUUUCCUAUGUUUAUUUGUUUGCUUGAUUUGGUUUAUUUUAAAGGUUUUUAUUUUAUUUAUUUAUUUUUCAUAAAUUCAUUCUUUUUAAUAGCUGAGUAGUACUCCAUUGUGUAAAUGUACCACAUAUUCUGUAUCCAUUCCUCUGUUGAGGGGCAUCUGGGUUCUUUCCAGCUUCUGGCUAUUAUAAAUAAAGCUGCUAUGAACAUA